AUGCAUAAUCGAAUUGAGAAUGUUAGAAGUAGCAGCGAUGAUAACGGUGAUAUUGUCAAACAAAGAUCAACAGAUAUGACUUGUUUGGAUGGCAUUGAUGCUAAAAAAUAUGCAGAUUUUCUUAAUCUCUUCAACAGUUUGAAGAAACGGAAUACAUCACCUGUGAAUAUCGAUCAUACGCGACAUUUAGCAUCUGUUCAACAUGGGAGAUCAAGGUACAGAAAUGUGUCUGCAGUAGAUGAUUCUCUUCCAAGUACAUCGUCCCAACAAUCAAGUGCUACCAGUCAGAAUUCAAAUCACGAACAUGUUCUCGAAAGUUAUCAAUUAUCUAGGAAAUCACAGCCCAGUACUCUGUCUGAUAUAGACCUCACAACGACUAUAAGCGGUACGGCGUCAUUUGAACAAUCGCACUGCUUCAAUAAUAGUAUCGCCCAAAGUACCGAAACCGUUAGUAUCGGAAAGAGUACUGUGACACGGAAAGAAUAUAUCGGAAAGAAUACUAUCGGAAAGAAUACUGUGACACGGAGUCUAUCUUUUGAUGCGAAUUGUACAGCGAUCAAACGGAACUGUUUUGAACGGAACUCAGAUUUGGAUGUUGCAACGGUAGUCGUACAAGAAAUGGAUGACAAAAAUCCAAUUCAUAUAAAUAGUGAAUGCAGAGAUUUUAAUUUGAGGAAGUUAUCGGAAAAAAAGAACAUCCACUCCGAGCCAUUUAACAAGAAGGAAGUAUCCUUUUGCGAAACUUCAUCUGUUGAGACUGAGAAUUAUAUUGAUGCAGAUAAGUUACAAGAAAUCAAGACUUUACGUAAUAUUAAUAAAACUCUAGCAAAAAAACUGGCUAAAGCGGAACGAAUUGCACAAUUACUUCAAAUACAGCUCAAAUUUUAUGACAAAACAAGUGAUGCUAAAUUUGCAUGCAAGUUGGCUGAUGCCAUCGAUCAGUUGAAAUUAUUGUUACCCAGUGAUCGAUUUCGUGAUGAAGCUGUAGAGGUUCUGAAUUCUGUUACUCCAUCUGUAGAUAUUAACGAUGAAAAAUCUCUCUUCUUGAAUAAUUUACUGAAAGAGAUUGAAUACGAUAAAGCAACGCUUUCAAAUUCCGGAACUUUACGAAAAUACUGUGAACGAUUAGUUGAAUAUGCCCGUAAACAUCCGCCGGUUCUUAUGGAAUUGCAGAAUCAAAUAAAUGAAAUUCAUAUCCUGAAGUUGAGGAACAGUGCUGAGCAUGAAAUAAUGAUAAAAAAUAAUCCAAAUGGGAAUAUAAUUGAUGGAAGCUGUGAGAAUCAUCAGCAUCAGAUCACAUCACUGGAAGCAAAUUUAGUGUUGCAUCGUGAACAACUGGCAAUGAAAGAUGUACAACUUCGGCAACUUGAAGAAGAAAUUGGAAACGCUCAUCGAUGCAAUCAACAGCUAAAUGCGAAACUUGGUUCAAUGGUCACCGCAAAUAGCACAAAUUUUUUAAAUCAAGAGAAGGAACUUAGAAAAGCUCUGAAAGAGCGUACUUCGGAAUGCGAUUCAUUGAAAAAGAAGGUGGAAAAGUUCGAGAGAGACAGACAACAAUGGGAAAAUCAGAAGCGUGCGUUGGAAGCAAAGCAACCAAUGGAUGUCCAGAUGUUACAAGGCCAAAAACGGGAACUAACCAUGCAGCUGGAUCGGGAACAGGCUGAAAAACAAGAACUUUUCAUGCAGAUUAACAGUUUAAUAGCGCAAUUAGCAGAUGCAAAUCGCGUUACUUCAGACCAACAAGAAUGCAAUGUACUGAAAGAUGAGAAUGAAAAGUUGAAGAAACAAAUCACCGAUAUUUUAGCUGUUCAAUCACAGCUUAAUACAGACGUGCACAAUUUGCAAGAAGAAGUGCGAUGCAAAAAUCAGCAAGUAGAAAAUGCUCAAGAUGAGUCAAAAAGACUUCGUUUGAUAAUGAAUAAUGAGAAGGUCCAACUAAAAAGUAGCAUUGAAGAGUUGCAGCGCGAUUUACAGAUGAAAUCAGCUGCAUUGCAAAGCUUAAUGCUUGCCAAACAGGAUAUCAAGACGAAUGAAGCAGACUCAGCAAUGAUAACUCAGUUAACAGCUGAAAAUGAGGAAUUAAGAGGUCAAAUUGAUGUGAUCCGAAAUGAGAUUAAGGGACGCGCUUCCGAAAUUGAGGAAGUGAAAUCAGAGAGUGGAGAAAAACUUAGAAAUCUUCAAAGCGAGUUGGAUUUCAUGCGAGAAAAUGCAAAAAAGAAGGAAGCGGAAUUGUCCAAACAGAGUGAUGAAAUUGGAAAGUUGCAGAGUGAACUCAAUUCUGCACUAGAAACUAUGCAGAAGAGAGAAGUUGAAUUAUCAUCCAUGCGAAACAAUGAAGUGCAUGAAAUAUCACAGCUUCGAGAAGACAUAGAGAAAUAUAAAUUAGAUGCGGAGAAAUUAAGUGAAAGACUGGAAGAAAGCCAAAAAAAUCUGGUAGAAUGUGAGAAAAAGUAUGAUGCUUUGAAAAAAGAUACCGAAGCAAAAAUCACAUGGGGAAACAAUGCUUUGGCAGAUGCUAGAAGGAAAUUUGAAGAAGAAAUAAAACAACAGGAAAUAAAACAUAGUGAUUUGAAGCAGAGUUUAAAAAUGGAAGAAACGCGAACACAGGAAGCAGAACAUGAAGCAAAAAAUUGUCGGUUGAAAAUCAUUGAUCUAGAAGAGGAAUUAAACGUUCUGAGGAUACAAACUGAUAAACAGCGUAGUGUUGAUGAGCAGGUGCGGUUAUUGCGAGAAGAAUUAAAGCAAGCAAGGAAUAAAAUAUCCGCUCAGGCUGCAGAUCUAGAAAAAGCCGAAAUAGAUGCUGAUGAAGCGGAUCGUUCCUCUCGAGAAACUAUUGAUGAACUCGAAGAGGAAGUUCGUUCUCUCCAAGAAAAAUUAAAAAUUCUGGAAAUUGAUGAAGAAAAACAAAGCAAACGUCUGUUAGUGACUGAGCAGGAAAUGAUGAGGAAUCAGGAAAAUAGUGAGAAAUACGAAAAGAAGUGUAAAAUGCUGACGAAGGAGCUAGAAGAAGUUCGCACUGCUUUCGCUGAUACCAGUGCACUUCUAGAAACAUUCAAAGCUGAAAAUGAGAAAUUGUCGGCGAAAGCAAGCUUAGAAGAUGAAGUGCUCACAUUAGCUACCUCACUGCAGUCAGCUCGCGAUGAGAUUAGUAUGAAGCAUGAUGAAAUCGCAAAACUGCGAAAGGAAUUACGUGAGUUACGUGAAGAAAAUGAACGUUUGUUGAUGGAUAUUGAUGUACAAACUCAGGCAUUGCAACAAGAUGCUCAGUUGGCUCGAUCUGAGUGCGAUGAAAUGAGGAAAGAAAUGGAAAAAUGUAAGAAUGACAGCGUUGUUCAACAGCAAAAGAAUGAUGUCAUUUUGAUGGAACUUAGGAAUGAAAUUUCGAAACUUGAAGAACAAGUUAUUGAAAAGGAAAGAAUGUUCGCAUCAGCACAAAGUGAUUUGGAAUCGAAACAUCAGAAAAUAUUGAUUGAAACUAAGCAACAAUAUGGACAGAAGAUUGCUGAACUAAAUAAAGCAGUUGGAGAACUAAAAGCUUCUGAAAGCGGAAAAAUUAACAAACUCAAUGCUGUAAUGACGAAUCUGAGGAAGGAAUUAGUUGUCAAAGGCGGCAGUGUUGCAUCUUUCAGAAUUGACCAACAUGAUGAAUUUCAAAACAGUAAAACACAAAAUCUUGAUUUGAGUCCAAGAUCUGAUUUCGAGGAAAAAUUGGCUACUUUAAAGGAAUGUAUAGCUGAUGUACUUGAGGAAAAAUUGUUGUUCGAACAAAGCGAUUGCCAGUUAGUGUUGGUCAAUAAGGCUACUCAAACAAAGACGGAAAUAGAAGAGGGAAGACAUAUCAUUUCUGUAAAUAAUGAUGAUGAAGAAGAAGCUGUAAAGCAUAGAGAUAAAGAUGCUGUACUGAUAAAAUUAGACGAUUGUAAUUGUACAAGCAGAAGUUGUGGUGAAACGAAUGAACAAAUUUGGAAGUCGAAAUCCAGUAGUGAAGUUUGGGGUUUAAGAGCAGAGUUAGCUUUUCUGAAAAAACAAAUGAAGGACGAAGAAAUGGACAGAAAGUGCCUUCAGAAACGUAUCCAAGUGCUUCAAGCAACCGUUCAGGAAAAUAAGGAGGUUUUGGAUUCGAUUAAAGAAACAGAAAAAGAUGUAAAAAGCGACAAACUUGAAACCGAGGGACGUUUAGAUCCAUUUGAGGAACAGAUUAAAAAAUUGAGAACAGAAUUAAUGAGUGUUCAGGAAUGCCGAGAACAGUAUAAACGAGAAAUAGAAGAAAGAGACUUGGACAUUACUAGUUUGAAGAAAGAUAUUGAAAAUUUAACAAGCGAUAUGAGGUCUUGCAAAACACGUCUUCAAGAAAGCAGUCGUCUGGAAGAACGAAAUAGAGUCAUUGAGUUUGAAAAUAAAAAUCUUCUCGAUGAAUGCUCUUCACUGAAAGCGAAGCUGACGAAAUUAAAAGAGCAGUUUGUCGAAAUGGAAAAUGAAAAUAAUAGGAAGCAUGUUGAGAAAGUAAAAGAUCUUAAUCAACAACUGGAUAAAGCUCAUCAGGCCUGUGAAUUAUCGAGAGUAGAAAUGGAUCGAUUGCGAGAGCAGUCUGAAAAUUUGUCAAAGGAAGUGAACUAUUUACGAAAUUUCUUAAAUAUCGCUAAUACGGAGAAAGAGCAACUGAAAACUGAGGCACUCGAACGACUGAAAGAAAUGGAACGGCUAUCGUGUGAACGGAUGGAGCUAGAAGUAACUCGACAGCAACUAGAUGAAGCGAUAGCGGAAGGUGAGCGUCAAGCUCAGGAAUUAGCAAGUUUAAAAGUUCAAACUAAAAGUAAUGAAGAUUUGGAAAGAGAUCGGCAACAAGAACUCCAUGAUUUACGCGAACAAAUUCAGACCAUCGAGGAGAAUUGGAAAAUGGAGUGCAGUAAGAGCGAAGCAAUUACGCAAGCUGCAGAAAAAGAACUUGAAAAACUAACUAAAACAAAUGAAACAUUUAUCGAGGACAUUAAAAGGCUCACAAAUGAAUUAGAAGUUGAACGAAAACGAAUCAUCGAUUUAGGUAUCGAGAAAAUGCAUCUUUCAAAUGAAAUUGGACAACUCAGAAAUGAAGUUGAAACACUGAAGACAAAAAAUGUGUUAGACGAGGAUUUGCCGGAUGUAAAAAACAAGUUAAACGAAUUAAUGGCAGAGAAUGCUCAACUGGCAGGUGAACUGUUGAAGGAGCAUAAUCUGUUGGAUAAGGAACUGAGUAAGCAAGAUCAACAACUGGAAGGAUUAUUGAAAAAGCAUUGCAAAAAUGAGGAGAAAUUAUUGCGAGAGAAGAAUCGAGAAGAAUUGAUGAAGCUUACAGAGGACUUCGAGAGACGGUUGCAACAGUGUAACGAGGAGUGGAGAGUAAAGUCAAACAACCAAAUGGAAAUACUGAAUCGAGAAAUACAAAGUGUAAAGGAUAAAAACAAAGAAUUACUAAGCCAAAAUGAAAGAAUGCGAAAGGAAAUGGAUGAGAUGCAGCAAGAAGUGAAGAAAAGCAAACAAGUAUCGGAAGAAUUGGAUAUUAGGGAAAGGUUAAAGAAAUCCGAUGAUAGCUUGUCCAGGUUUGAAACAGUAUGCAGCACUCCCACACCACCACCUCGUAAAAGGAUUGGAAAUGAAAUAACCGAUGAAAUAUUGCAGGUGUCAUUGGCGGAAGAAAAUAAGAAACUGAAGAAAGAUAUCGAUAUGCAACAUAGAUUGGUGGUCGUUCUCAGGCGAAAAUUACAAUCAAUGCAGCAACAACAACAACAACAACAACAGCAGUAG